AUGUCAGGUAAGCUUCGUCUUUACAAAGAAAAACUUGAGGGGUACAACCGGUUUUACUCUAUCGUUAAAACUAUUAAGAUGGUGACUUUGGCGAAGUAUCGUGCGGCGCAGGGACGGAUAAGGACACGCGAUUUCAGCCUCCGCUAUACGGAGUUGGCGUUCAGCAAACCACAAGCAUCGAGAGAUGCCGUGGCCGCAGCGAAGAAUGCCCUUGUUUACAUACCGAUAACUACGAAUCGUGGGUCAUGCGGUGCCCUGAACAGCAAUAUUGUGCGUUGUAUCGAUUCCGUGGUAUCGAGUAAGAUGGUAUUGAUGCCGGUCGGCAAACGUGGUAUAGACUCGUUUUCUAAACUGUUUCCCGAUGAAUUCAGAUACGGUAUCAUUAACGAUAUGAAGGAAUCAAUGCAUUUUGGUUAUGCAACCUUUGUAAUUGAAAAUGCAUAUGAAGUGUCCAAGGAUGCGGAUCGGUAUCAGGUGAUUUUCAAUCGUUUCGUUUCUGCGGGUGUCCAAAGGAAUGCCGUUUACAACAUUCCAUCAUAUGAGAAGUGGAAAGAGGACCUUGCCGAUGCCGGUAGCUCGGACAACCAGAAGAAUCGUUACCUUUUUGCGAAUGCGCUGCAGAAUGAGGAGGAACAGCUUAUUCGGGACUUCUUCGAUUUUCAUGCUGCGCUCGCGGUCCUCAAUGCCGUUGGAGAAAACGAGCUUUCCGAGCAAGCUGCCCGUCUGGUUGCUGUUGAGGGUCAGUUGACUAAUAUCAGCAGCCUGCAACAGAGAACUAGCUCGCUUUACAACAAGACACGGCAGUUUGGUAUUACGGCGGCGCUAAUUGAAAUUCUUUCUGCUAUGAGUUCGUUGGAAGGCAAUGCUAUGAAGGGCGUCAGACGCAACAAAUUCUGGGAAGGGGCAGUAACCAAGUAG